AGGAAUUGUUGCACUGCACUAUAGGAAGGUGCUUUAGGAAUGCUAACUUAGGUCUAAGUUAUGCUAUACUUGACCUUUACCAUUUUUGUAAACAAUUCCAUGUAAUGGCGACGGAGUUAGGAAAAGAGUCACAAACCGCAAAAAAUGCAACCAAGUUGCAAGUUUCAAACUGUGUUUCGGAUUUGUCAGAGAAAUCUCAACAUUUGUUUAGUUCUUUGCUGAAACCUCAAGUCCCAGUCAUUCAAUACAAUUUAAAUCAAUUAGAGGAGAGAGCAAAAAACUUGGAACUAAAGGUCGUUUCUACACGAGAUGGCGAUACGAAAGCACAUUAUUUACUCGCCGAGAGUGGUAUGAAUGUUGAACAGACACGCCAAAAGAUAUAUUCUGUUUACAUCCAAUCCCAAUGGGAUUCCCUUGAGAUGGAGAAGCGUACGUUGUACGAACACCCUCACGGCAAAAUCUACAAAGAGCAAAACGUGAUCGCUAGUAUUGAAGCUGGUUUGCAAUCCAGCGCAAAUGAUUUUCAGAUUAAAUUAAUGAAAGAUAGUGGUCUUUCCUGGGAAAAUCGGAAGAUGGGAUUUUUGCAAGAUACAGGGAGGAUGCUACGCUCAAAGGAUAAUACUGUUUUGGGUGCUUCUGUAACGAUGUCUUUACAGUCGAGUUUUGCCAAACCUGGUUUGAAAGAAUCGUUGGUUGCUCAGUCUCAGCCAACGUACUCUUUGAGAACGCCAGCUUCAAGCGUAUUACACGUCCCCGACCAACUUUCUUCUUCAGUCGGGUAUGAAGCAUCCCGCAAUCAACCACCAAGCCAGUCUGGAAUUUCUGAGAAAUUUGGAAUAUUUGCUGCAGCUAUUCACAAACUGAACAGCGCGCGUAUUCACGGCCAGAUCGUCCGAGUUUGGUCUCUAUUCGCUUCUGCUAGCAGAAAGAUUGAUCGGGAAUAUCCUCAGCUUUUGGAUGCAUGGUCUUUAUUGGCUUAUAUGGUAGACGAGAAAUCAAAUAACGUACAUGCAUUUGAGGCUACGACAAGUAAUGCAGACAAGACUGAUGUCAACCCUUCAUUUCAAAAAAACAUUAUCCAUGGAUCUUUACGCUUUUUAGAAGUUCAGUUUUUAGCAUUUGUCGAUGCACAACUAUCGGAUAAUGGUCACGUUUCUUCAACCAAGCCAUUGGAUAAAAUGAUUACUUACACACGCCUAAGGUUUUUUAAGAAUAAUUCUUGGGUUAAGCCAACUAUCUCGAUUGCUGAUGACAUUCCUAUUUGGGCUGUCUUAUUUUAUCUUAUGCGUGCUGGUUUACUGGAUAUCGCGCUAGAAUUUGUUACUACAAAUGCUGGCGUAUUUGAGAAUUUUGGUCGCUCUUUUCCUUCUUAUUUCAAUGCUUACGCAAAAAAUCCUCAUCAACCUCUUCCCAAGCAGCUUCGUGAUCGUUUGCAAGCCGAGUAUGCCCAGCUCAUGAAAUAUGCUCCUGAAGAUCCAUUCAAACAUGCUAUUUAUAAAUUGCUUGGUCAAUGCGAGCCUCAUCGUAUCUCACUUCCUGAAGUGUGCAUAACUUCUGAGGAUUAUAUGUGGAUGCAAUUAAUGUUUUGCCGCGCCAAUGCUAAUAAUUUUGUCACUUCCAACUUAGAUCAACCUCCUGUAAACAAUUUUGAUUUGCAACAACUUCAGAAGAAGAUUAUAGCCUUUGGACCAAGGUAUUUUAAUCCAAAAAAUAGUACUCCUGUUAAUUUUUUCCUUGCUCUCUUGAUUUGUGGUGAGUUUGAGCGAGCUGUUAAUUAUCUUUAUACAUUUUAUCCCGUUGAAGCUACCCAUUAUGCGAUUGCCAUGUCCUACUAUGGUCUUCUUCACACCUGUAAUUAUGAGAAAAACGAAAAUAUUCUUAUUCAUGAAGCGGAAUCUGUACGCAUUAAUUACCCACAACUUAUCGUGGCCUACAUUGGCUACCUUGUUUCCGUAGAUACAUUGGUCUAUCUUGACUAUAUUGCUUGCAUAUCUCUGGUAUCCUCAUAUAAAACGUGCUGCAUGAACCUGGUUAAAAUUAUGUUGCUUCAAUCACAUGACUUUUCAAAGUUUUUGGGUGAUAUCCGGAAGGACACUGAACGCACAACUGGUUUGUUAGAUCUCUAUCUACCUCUAGUACCGUUUGAUCAAACUUCGCUGCAGGCCCUGUAUGCGGAAGGAGCUAGAAAUGCAGAUGAUGACGGUCGCUACGGAGAUUCUAUUCUAUUAUAUCAUCUUCUAGGGGAUUACGAUACCGUAAUAGGGGUUGCUGUAAAAAAUCUCAGCAAAAGUAUAAUUUCACGUGGUUUGUGGAUGGCAGAGUCCCAAGAACAGAGCCAUGAAAAAUCCUCACCUAACGUUGUAGCUAAUGGUGCACCUGAUGUUUUAGCAAGAAGUCUUCUAGAAAUAUAUGAGAGUAACCCCGAAAAGUCAAUCAAAGUAAGUACUUUGAACAAAGACAUGUGCAAAUUACUGCUUCUGGUUAUGGAUGCCCGCAGUCUUUAUGACAGGGAAGAAUGGCAGGAAGUUUUGAGUGAAAUCGCGAAAAUGGAUAUCUUACCUCUUGAUGGAAGUUUGGAACACGCUCACGAAACUAUAAAUUCGCUCUAUUUGCGUCAAAAAGCUCAUGACCUUUUAACACUAUCACCCGAAAUCGUAAACAUCGUUCCUUUCUUACUGUUUAUGGCCAUGUCUAGUAUUAAAGCAUUAUUUACUAGACUACAUUAUAAUCCUACUGAAGCGGAGGAUAAUCUGUUAACAAGCUUAAAAUUCAUAGCCUCAAACCUGGUUAUGUACAGCACUAUGAUUGAGCAUCGGUUGCCUCCGCAUGUCCUUGAAUACUUGCAAUCAGUGCAAAUUAAUUAGACGUAAACAUCAAUCCUUUACUAAAAUGAUACAUAGAUAUUGGAAUGUUAUUGAUG